AUGAUGUCCGCCUUGACGCACCGGUGGCCCAAGCUACAAUUGCAGUCAUUGGAAAAGGAAUUGAGUGGCAAAGGAGGAACUACUAUGCCGCAUUUCACCAAGGGCGACGUCACGAUCCGCUACGAGGAGGCUGGCUCCGGCUUCCCGUUGCUGGCAACUCCCGGCGGCGGCUUGAACUCCAAGCUCGAAAACUGGCCCGGUCAGGUGUUUGACGCGAUGGAGGAGUUUAAGAACGACUUCCGCUGCGUCACAAUGGACCAGCGCAACGCCAUCGGUGGCGAGUCAACUGGGCCGGUUCAGCUCGAAGACCCUUGGGGUGCCUUCGCUGACGACCAGCUGGCAUUGAUGGACCACCUCGGCAUUAACGAAUUCAUGUUCAUUGGAUACUGCAUCGGCGGCCCGUUUGCCAUGAAGCUCAUUGAGAGGGCUCCCGAAAGAGUCCUGGCUGCCGUACUCUGCCAACCGGUGGGGCACGCAUCCAAGACUCCCGACGCCAUGUACGACAUGGGCAUCGAUUCCUGGGGCCCCGACCUCAUCGCCCAGCGUCCGGGGCUGACAAUGGAAGUCAUCGAGCAGUACCUGCACAACCUGUACCGGAUUCAGCCCGACUUUGUAUAUUGCGUAACUCGGGACUUUGCCCGCUCGUGCCAGACGCCUCUGCUGGUCAUGCCGGACGACACGCCGGCGCAUUCGCUGGAGGCCGCUAUGGCUAUGAUCGAGCUGGCACCCAAGGUGGAGGCCGCCCCCUAUCCCUGGAAAGAGGAUCCCGAGAUAAAAGCCAAGGCAAUUAAUCAGGUGCGGGAUUUCUUAAAAGCGCAUCAGCCCGCAACAGCCGCCCGCUAG